GAAGCCCUGUCCGUGCUCCUGAGCGCUGGUCAAGUGCGUUGUGGAGCCAUAGCCGGACUCGCUCGUGCUUCGCUGGGACCGUGCGGGGGAUGGGCAGCGCCCUGGGAUCUGCAUGUGCCCAGACCUCAAACUCGUAGGAAGACGGCAAGAAGCAGAAUCACAAAGGGAAAAAAAAUCACCAAUUUUUAUAUUUUCCCUUCACAAUCAGAUUAAUUCAUCACUGGGGGGCAGAAGAAUUUAGGAAUCUGCAAACCAGAUCAGACCCCUGCUUCAUCUUCUAGACCAACUUCUUGUCUCCACAUGUGACCACUUUGAGCUGCUUGUCAGAGGGAAGAGCAAGAAAUUGCCUGGUUCACAGUGAUGUGAUACCCCUCCUACAUGAGGUGUUGGUUUCAUUAUCUCUGUUUAUUAAUGUUUGGCCUGUGCCCUGAAGCAUCAUGGUUUGUAGCCUUUGAUGUCCUUUUCCGAGUGCUGCUAAGCUCGUGUAGUCACUAAUAUUACAUAUCCUAUUUAUGAGAGUUGGCUUGGAUCCAAUUUUCUGAUAGUAAGAAAUAGGAGCUAUUAAUGCCAUCAUGUCAACAGAAGAAUUCAAGGCAGCUGUCAAAACAGGUGAUCUUUCAAAAGCAGUUUCUAUUACAAAGAUUAUUCUUUCAAGGUGUAAUGUUGCUGUUGUAGGAAAAUCUGGCUCUGGUGUAUCUUCCUUGAUUAAUACAAUUAGGGAUCUGAGUAAUAAUGAUAAAGAUGCUGCCAAAAUAGGAACUACAAAGGAAAUUGAAUCAUACAUAUUUCCCAGUAAUCCUCGUGUAACUCUCUGGGAUCUGCCAGGAAUCGGCACAUGUUUUAAAGAAAGCCAAUACAUUGAGAAUGCACAUUUCAGCAAUUAUGACUUUUUCAUUAUCAUCACCUCUGAACGCUGCACAGCCAUCCAUUUCAGCCUUGCCAGAGAGAUUCAGAAAAUGGGAAAAGGCUUUUGCUUUGUGCGCUCCAAAGUGGACAAGGACUUGGAUAAUGAAAAGAAAAAAGGCUACUCCGAGGAGAAAACCCUGGACCAGAUCCGAAAGGAUUUCAACAAUCGUCUGCAAACUGCAGGGAUUUCCUCUACUGACGUGUUUCUUACAUCCAUUCGGAAUCAUGACAAGUAUGAUUUACCCCGCCUGAAGACCCACAUUUCAUCCAUCCUCAGCAGACAGACCAGUAUGUUACUUACCAUCUCUCGCUCUGUCCUACAAGAGAAGAAAAAGGCGAUCCAGGGGACAACGUGGAGGCCAGGUGCCCUAGGUCUCGGUCUCUCUGUCGCUUUUAUCUUCUCUAAGGAGGCGACUGCUACCAUUGUGGCAGAAUGUAUGAGAGAUUACUGCAAGGACUUUGGCCUGCAUGACAGUUCCCUCAAAGCAAUUGCUAACCAGACUCAGAAGCGCAUAGGAGACCUCACAGAUGUUAUGAAGACUCCACUCGCCUCAACAAUAACAUAUGCUGAUAUAAAGACCAAGAUGGAAAAUAGAGCAGGGAGCGGACUGUACUGGUGGCUACCAGUGUUCAGUUCAGGUUAUGCUUUAAUUCAGAUACAAGAGGUUCUGGAUGCGUUUGUGGCAGAUCUGGCCGAUGAUGCCCAAAGUGUGCUGUCCGAGGUUUUGGAAUGAGAAUGGGAGAGCAAAAAUAGGGUUGGGGGA